GGGAAUCUUCCGAGCAGGUCUGUUUGGAAGGGAGACUAUUUUAAACAGAAAUGGAAGGAGAACUAACUGUCUUGUAAAAAGAACAGGAGGACUUGUGGCACCUUAGAGACUAACAAAUUUAUGUCUGUAUCUGUACGAGGUUUUUUUUUUUGUCUUGCGUGAAAGGGAACCUCUUAACCCUUAUUUUAAGCAGGCAGAUUUCCUUAUCCCAAGCUACUAAUGCUGCCUUUAAUUAUUAAACCUGAGACAGCUGUUCGAAGCCCGUUCUGCCUUGCACUGGCUGGGCCACUUCCUGUGUGUGUUCUCCCCCGAGAUGGGCUGGGAAGCAGGAGCUAAUGCAGUCACAAGGCUGUAGGGUCUGUGCAGACUUCUCCAGUGGGCUUGGGUUUUGCAGCAGACUCUGGUGUCUACCCUUGAGGCCAGACCUGAGCUGUGACAUCUCUGAAGGAUCCUUGUGCUGUUACCACGUCUGUCUCCUACACCCACCCGUCCACCUCCGGCGUUUGGCGUGGACUGGCUGUCUGGGUUUCACUUGCCCUGAUGUAACUGGGUUGUCUAGGGUUAUUUUUACUCCAUGUGGAUUGCACUGCAGGCAGGUAGCAAAUUUCAUCUUAAAGGCAUGGCUUCGUGCUGUCCCUUUAAAGGGCCAGAAGCAGGUGUCCCGUCCCUAGCCAUCUACCCCCAGCUUUUCAUCUUGGGAAGCCUCCAUGGAGUCACCCCACGAAGGGGCUGACAGCUCCCCGUGGCCGCAAUGGCAGCCGAAGUCAAACCUAUGCAAUUAAAAAAAGAAACAGAAGAGAAAAGCGUCUGCAGCCACCGGAAAGCUCCUUGUUCCUGCCGGGCCCAAGGCCAGCUGCGUCAGGGGCCCAGGGCUGGGAGGGGGCCAAGUGCCGCCCUGGUUGCGCAGUUGCGAUGUCACGAGCAACGCGGCCCGUUCCCGGAUCGGCUGCUCCAGAGGCGGAGCCGCCUGCGCCCGUGGAUGGGAGCGGGGCCCAUUUCUUCCUCUUGAACUAUCCAGAGAUGGAGGCCAAGGUGGGUGAAUCACCAUGUUCUGAACUAGCGCCUGCUGCUUUGGCCCUGCCUUGGCCUGAGACGAGGUCACCUCCGGCUGGAGAUCCUUCCCAGGAGCCAGAGGAGCUGUUUGACCAGGCGCCGGACCAAGAGGAACCGGAUGAGACGGACACAGAGGAGAAACCAGAAUCAGAGCCCAUGCAGUACAAUCUUCUCACUCCUGCUGCUCCAGUCUCCUCCUCUGGGCUGGUCCGAGACCUUCCUGAAGGAAGAGGACAAAGGAACCCUUCAGAAAGUUCAUCUGCUGGAGUCCAGCAGCAAAGCCAUGAAAGCAGCAAUCGGGGCAACUGUCGGAAUAGGAGUUGCAGUCAUUGGGGCCCCAGUAGCAAUCUGGGCAGCAGGCUUUACUGGAGCAGGCAUUGCAGCUGGGUCAGUUGCUGCCAAGAUGAUGUCAGCAGCGGCCAUAGCCAAUGGAGGAGGAGUGGCUGCUGGGAGUCUUGUGUCAGCCCUGCAAUCAGCUGGUGCUGUAGGACUCUCACUAGGUGCUAAAGUUGGGCUGGGCACUGCACUCGGAUCUGUAGGUGCAGCUGUUGGCUCCUGGUUCUCUAAGAAUGAAUGAAAGCCGUGCAAGCCCUGCUGGCCUCAGAAGUAGACACUGACCAGUCCUGGAAACCCUUAAACUGCAAAGCUGGGCCAGAACAGCAUGUGGGGUCUGGCAGUUACUUCAUUGUUGGCUGGGAAAAGCUACUGCAAACGUGUCACUUGUUCUGCCUUCUCUUUGACCGUUGUUGAGCCGCUCUGAUUAUGGUGCGGGAGGGGGGUCUGAAAACAAUAAAGCUGGUUUUAAAUGGA